UGUAGUGACUGUGUUAGCUCGUGGCUAGAGGGUUAGUUUGUGGUGUGUUAGCUCGUGGCUAGAGGGUUAGUUUGUAGUGAGUGCGUUAGCUCGUGGCUAGAGGGUUAGUUUGUAGUGAGUGCGUUAGCUCGUGGCUAGAGGGUUAGUUUGUAGUGAGUGCGUUAGCUCGUGGCUAGAGGGUUAGUUUGGAGUGAGUGUGUUAGCUUGUAGCUAGAGGGUUAGUUUGUAGUGAGUGUGUUAGCUCGUGGCUAGAGGGUUAGUUUGUAGUGAGUGCGUUAGCUCGUGGCUAGUGGGUUAGUUUGUAGUGAGUGUGUUAGCUUGUAGCUAGAGGGUUAGUUUGUAGUGAGUGUGUUAGCUCGUGGCUAGAGGGUUAGUUUGUAGUGAGUGCGUUAGCUUGUUGCUAGAGGGUUAGUUUGUAGUGAGUGCAUUAGCUCGUGGCUAGAGGGUUAGUUUGCACUGAGUGCGUUAGCUCGUGGCUAGAGGGUUAGUUUGUAGUGAGUGCGUUAGCUCGUGGCUUGAGGGUUAGUUUGGAGUGAGUGCGUUAGCUCGUGGCUAGAGGGUUAGUUUGUGGUGUGUUAGCUCGUGGCUAGAGGGUUAGUUUGUGGUGUUUUAGCUCGUGGCUAGUGGGUUAGUUUGUAGUGAGUGUGUUAGCUCGUGGCUAGUGGGUUAGUUUGUGGUGUGUUAGCUCGUGGCUAGCGGGUUAGUUUGUGGUGUGUUAGCUCGUGGCUAGAGGGUUAGUUUGUGGUGUGUUAGCUCGUGGCUAGAGGGUUAGUUUGGAGUGAGUGUGUUAGCUCGUGGCUAGAGAGUUAGUUUGUAGUGACUGUGUUAGCUUGUGGCUAGAGGGUUAGUUUGGAGUGAGUGUGUUAGCUCGUGGCUAGAGGGUUAGUUUGUAGUGAGUGCGUUAGCUCGUGGCUAGAGGGUUAGUUUGGAGUGAGUGCGUUAGCUCGUGGCUAGAGGGUUAGUUUGGAGUGACUGCGUUAGCUCGUGGCUAGAGGGUUAGUUUGGAGUGAAUGUGUUAGCUUGUGGCUAGUGGGUUAGUUUGGAGUGACUGUGUUAGCUCGUGGCUAGAGGGUUAGUUUAUAGUGACUGUGUUAGCUCGUGGCUAGAGGGUUAGUUUGUGGUGUGUUAGCUCGUGGCUAGAGGGUUAGUUUGUAGUGAGUGCGUUAGCUCGUGGCUAGCGGGUUAGUUUGGAGUGAGUGCGUUAGCUCGUGGCUAGAGGGUUAGUUUGUAGUGAGUGCGUUAGCUCGUGGCUAGAGGGUUAGUUUGCACUGAGUGCGUUAGCUCGUGGCUAGAGGGUUAGUUUGUGGUGUGUUAGCUCGUGGCUAGUGGGUUAGUUUGUAGUGAAUGUGUUAGCUCGUGGCUAGAGGGUUAGUUUGUGGUGUGUUAGCUCGUGGCUAGUGGGUUAGUUUGUAGUGAGUGUGUUAGCUCGUGGCUAGUGGGUUAGUUUGUGGUGUGUUAGCUUGUGGCUAGUGGGUUAGUUUGUGGUGUGUUAGCUCGUGGCUAUUGGGUUAGUUUGGAGUGAGUGCGUUAGCUUGUGGCUAGAGGAUUAGUUUGGAGUGAGUGUGUUAGCUCGUGGCUAGUGGGUUAGUUUGGAGUGAGUGUGUUAGCUCGUGGCUAGUGGGUUAGUUUGGAGUGAGUGUGUUAGCUCGUGGCUAGAGAGUUAGUUUGGAGUGAGUGUGUUAGAUCGUGGCUAGAGAGUUAGUUUGGAGUGUCUGUGUUAGCUCGUGGCUAGAGGGUUAGUUUGGAGUGAGUGUGUUAGCUCGUGGCUAGAGAGUUAGUUUGGAGUGAGUGCGUUAGCUCGUGGCUAGUGGGUUAGUUUGGAGUGAGUGUGUUAGCUCGUGGCUAGAGGGUUAGUUUGGAGUGAGUGCGUUAGCUCGUGGCUAGUGGGUUAGUUUGGAGUGUCUGUGUUAGAUCGUGGCUAGAGGGUUAGUUUGUGGUGUGUUAGCUCGUGGCUAGAGGGUUAGUUUGUGGUGUGUUAGCUCGUGGCUAGGUUAGUGUGUUCCCAUAUGGAAAACAUGUCAGGAAAGUCUGGAGUACAUCUUCCUGAUCAUAUUCACUCUCGAGUGCUUCCUGAAGAUAGUGGCGUAUGGGCUGCUCUUCCACGCAGACGCCUACCUACGGAACUGCUGGAACAUUUUGGACUUUGUCAUUGUCACCAUGGGGCUGUUCACCAUCGUUGUGGACUUCAUCAAUAACAUCAGUGGGGUAGAAGCUCCAGUGGAGCAGAAGGGCGGAGGCUUCGAUAUGAAGGCACUGAGGGCUUUCAGAGUGCUGCGGCCACUACGCCUUGUCUCAGGGGUCCCCAGUCUGCAAGUGGUGAUGAGCUCCAUCCUGAAGUCCAUGCUGCCGCUGUUCCACAUCUGCUUGCUGGUCUUCUUCAUGGUCACCAUCUACGCCAUCAUUGGUCUGGAACUCUUCAAAUGCAAGAUGCACAAAACCUGUUACUACACUGGAACAGAGAUCAUCUCCACGGUGGAGAAUGAGAAGGCGUCUCCGUGUGCCGAGGCUGGAAAUGGGCGUCGCUGCACUGUGAACGGUACCAUGUGCAGGCCGGGCUGGCCGGGGCCCAAUAACGGCAUAACGCACUUCGAUAACCUUGGCUUCUCCAUGCUGACUGUGUACCAGUGCAUCACCACGCAGGGCUGGACCGACGUCCUCUACUGGGUUAAUGAUGCUGUCGGGAUGGAGUGGCCGUGGCUCUACUUCGUGACUCUGAUUCUUCUGGGCUCCUUCUUCAUUUUAAAUCUGGUUCUAGGCGUCCUCUGUGGUGAGUUCACUAAAGAGCGAGAGAAGAGCUCCCGCAGUGGAGAAUAUCAGAAGCUUCGUGAGAGGCAGCAGCUGGAUGAGGAUCUGAAGGGCUAUAUGGAGUGGAUCGCACAGGCCGAGGUCAUGGACAACGACCAGGACAGACAAGGUCUGUUGCCGCUGCAGGAAGGAGGCUCAGACACGGAGAGUCUGUACGAGCUGGAGGGACUGAACCGCCUCAUGUACUACGUGCGUCACGCCCGGCGCUGGAACCGGUUCUUCAGGAGGAAGUGUCGUGUGUGGGUGAAGUCGAAACUCUUCUACUGGCUGGUGUUUCUGCUGGUGUUCUUCAACACACUCGUCAUCGCCACAGAGCACCACAUGCAGUCCCAGUCGCUCACAGACUUCCAAGAGAGCGCGAAUAAAGCGCUGCUGUCGCUGUUUGCGGUGGAGAUGGUGCUGAAGAUGUACGCUCUGGGGCUGCCGUCGUACUUCAUGUCUCUGUUUAACCGUUUCGACUGCUUCGUGGUCUCUGUGGGGAUUCUGGAGCUGAUCCUCGUCCACAUGGGCGUCAUGUCCGCCAUGGGCAUCUCCGUCAUGCGCUGCAUUCGCCUUCUGCGCCUCAUCAAAGUCACCAAGUACUGGACGUCUCUCAGUAACCUGGUGGCGUCUCUGCUGAACUCGGUCCGCUCCAUCGCCUCCCUCCUCCUCCUCCUCUUCCUCUUCAUCGUUAUCUUCGCUCUGCUCGGGAUGCAGGUGUUCGGAGGGAAAUUUAACUUCACCGAUCAGAACGUGCGGCGGAGCAACUUCGACAACUUCCCCCAGGCCCUCAUCACCGUCUUCCAGAUUCUAACAGGUGAAGACUGGAACAGUGUGAUGUAUGAUGGUAUAAUGGCUCAUGGUGGUCCCGUCAUGCCGGGCAUCCUCGUCAGCAUCUACUUCAUCAUCCUCUUCGUCUGUGGGAACUACAUCCUGCUGAACGUGUUUCUGGCCAUCGCGGUGGACAACCUGGCCGAGGCCGAGAGUCUGACCUCAGCGCAGAAAGAGAAAGCAGAGGAGAAAAAACGCAAAAAGCUGCUCAGAGCUAACCUGUCUGAUAAAGGAGAUGAGGACAAGUCCACACUGGCUAAGAAACUGGCGGAGCAGAGAGCAAAGACUGAAGGAAUCCCGACAACAGCGAAGCUGAAGGUGGACGAGUUUGAAUCCAAUGUUAACGAGAUCAAGGAUCCUUUCCCACCUGCUGAUUUUCCAGGUGACGAUGAGGAGGAGGAGCCAGAGAUCCCCACCAGUCCUCGGCCUCGGCCAAUGGCAGACCUGCAGCUCAAGGAGACGGUGGUGCCCAUGCCUGAGGCCAGCUCCUUCUUCAUCUUUGGCCCACAAAACAAGUUCCGUAAGCUGUGCCACCGGAUCAUCAACGCCACCACCUUCACUAACAUCAUCCUCCUCUUCAUCCUGCUGAGUAGCAUCUCUCUGGCUGCUGAGGACCCCAUAGACCCCAUGAGCUUCAGAAACCAGGUUCUGGCUUACGCAGAUAUCGUCUUCACAUCCGUCUUCACAGCUGAGAUUGUGCUGAAGAUGACCACAUACGGAGCUUUCUUACACAAAGGCUCCUUCUGCCGAAACUCCUUCAACAUCCUGGACCUGAUAGUGGUCGGAGUCUCUCUGCUGUCGAUGGGAAUGGAGUCCAGCGCUAUCUCUGUGGUGAAGAUUCUCCGAGUGCUGAGGGUGCUGAGGCCUUUACGAGCCAUAAACAGAGCCAAAGGACUGAAGCACGUGGUCCAGUGCGUGUUUGUGGCCAUUAAAACCAUCGGGAACAUCGUGCUGGUGACCAUGCUGCUGGACUUCAUGUUCGCCUGCAUAGGAGUCCAGCUCUUCAAGGGUAAAUUUUACAGAUGCACAGACCCACUGAAGAUGACUGAGAAAGAGUGCAGGGGAACCUACAUCCACUAUCAGGAGAACGCGCUGCAUGAGAUGGAGAUCUGCCAGCGACUGUGGAUCAACAGUGACUUCAACUUCGACAACAUUCUGAACGGCAUGCUGGCACUUUUCACUGUGUCCACCUUCGAGGGCUGGCCCAAGCUGCUGUACACGGCCAUAGACUCCAACAUGGAGAACAGGGGCCCUGUGUACAACAACCGCACAGAGAUCUCCAUCUUCUUCAUCGUCUACCUCAUCCUCAUCGCCUUCUUCAUGAUGAACAUCUUCGUCGGCUUCGUCAUCGUCACCUUCCAGGAGCAGGGAGAGCAGGAGUACAAAAACUGUGAACUGGACAAGAAUCAGCGUCAGUGUGUGCAGUACGCUCUGAAGGCCCGCCCCCUCCGCUGCUACAUUCCCAAAAACCCCUACCAGUACCAGGUGUGGUACAUCGUCACCUCCUGCUACUUCGAAUACCUGAUGUUUCUCCUCAUCAUGCUGAACACAAUGUGCCUGGGCAUGCAGCACUGUAAUCAGUCAGAGCACAUCACUCACCUGUCCGACAUGCUGAACGUGAUCUUCACAGUGCUUUUCACUGUGGAGAUGAUCCUCAAACUCGGCGCCUUUAAAGCCAAGGGCUAUUUUGGGGACCCCUGGAACGUGUUUGAUUUCGUCAUCGUUGUGGGCAGCAUUGUUGAUGUUAUUCUUAGUGAGAUUGAUGCUGCUCUUGCUGCUCAGGGUGGACUCUACUGUCUGACUGGCUGUGCGGAUGUGAACCCAAUGCAGACUAUAGCCGACUCCGAAAAUAUGAGUGUAUCCAUAACACUCUUCCGUUUGUUCCGUGUGAUGCGUCUGGUGAAGCUGCUGAAUCGCUUUGAGGGAAUUCGGAACCUGCUGUGGACCUUCAUCAAAUCUUUCCAGGCUCUGCCAUACGUGGCUCUGCUUAUAGUCAUGCUCUUCUUCAUCUACGCUGUCAUAGGCAUGCAGGUGUUCGGGAAGAUCGCACUGAUUGAUGGAACAGUGAUAAAUCGCAACAACAACUUCCAGACGUUUCCACAGGCCGUUCUGGUGCUGUUCAGGUGUGCUACAGGUGAGGGCUGGCAGGAGGUGAUGUUGGGGUGCCUGUACGGUCAGCGCUGCGACCCUAAAUCAGAUUACCUGCCGGGGGAGGAGUACACCUGCGGCGCUGGAUUCGCCGUUCUCUACUUCAUGAGCUUCUACAUGCUCUGCGCCUUCCUGAUCAUUAACCUGUUUGUGGCCGUCAUCAUGGACAACUUUGACUAUCUGACCCGUGAUUGGUCCAUCCUCGGGCCGCAUCAUCUGGACGAGUUUAAGAAGAUCUGGGCGGAGUACGACCCUGAAGCCACGGGGCGCAUUAAACACUUGGAUGUGGUGACUCUGCUGCGGAGGAUCCAGCCCCCACUUGGCUUUGGCAAAUUCUGCCCCCACCGCGUCGCCUGCAAGAGGCUGAUCUCCAUGAACAUGCCGCUAAACAGUGACGGCACCGUGACCUUCAACGCCACACUGUUCGCUCUGGUCCGAACUGCACUCAGGAUCAAAACAGAGGGUAAUUUCCAGCAAGCCAAUGAGGAGCUGCGGGCCAUUAUAAAGAAGAUUUGGAAGAGAACCAGCAUGAAGCUGCUGGACCAGGUCAUCCCACCUAUCGGAGAUGACGAGGUGACCGUGGGGAAGUUCUAUGCCACAUUCCUGAUCCAGGAGCACUUCAGGAAGUUUAUGAAGCGGCAGGAGGAGUAUUACGGCUACCGGCCGGCCAAAAACAAAACCACCAACGAGAUUCAGGCUGGGCUAAGGAGUAUCGAGGAUGAGGCGGCUCCGGAACUGCAGAGGGCGAUAUCGGGUGACCUGCUGAAUGAGGAGGAGAUGGACCGGGCCAUGGACGAGGCCGCAGAGGAUGCCAUCUACAGGCGUGCGGGCGGUCUGUUUGGGAACCAUGUCGACCCCUUCAGUCUCCAGCGGGGAACCCCUCUGCCCACUCAGGUGACCUCCCAGCGCCCCCUGCAUGUAGCCGACAGCAGGACGGAGGAGACUGAGGCUUCACCAUCUUACCUCAGCUACGCAAACAACUACAACACAAACAACAACACAAACAACAACAGCCUCACACGCAGGUUUUUAUUCGAGGGUGUGGGCUCUGUCCAGUGCAACUCUGCUUCUCCAUCCACAAGUGAACUUCAUUACCCAGUGUGCAGCAGGGGGGCAGUGCAGGGUCCAGUGAGUGCUGCUGAUCUGUUGAUUCAGGAGGUGCUGCAGGCGGGGGGCGUGGCUCUGCUGGCUGCGGACUGCAGCUUUGUUGCCGUGACGAAGGCGGAGAUGGCUGCAGCGCUGCACCUGAGCCUCAACCAGCUGGAGAGAAAAGCAGUGGCCCUCCUGAACGCACGUGCAAGGGGCGGGGCCAGAACACCGGCCACGCCCACAAACUCAGACGAAAUACAGAACCUGGUGUAAACUGUACACCGAUAUUAAUCACUGUU